AUGUUCUCAAAGAAGCUCAUUCUCAGUAUUCUGGGAUGCCUCUCUGUUGUCGCCGCUGUCCCAGCCGCCGACACAAAUGACCUGCCAUAUCCAGUUGCACCAUUCCGAGCGUCUUACCAAGAGACCCCAGAUAGUGAGCCCAUCAUGCUCGAGGGAGACGUCCAUGACAAGGUUCAAAAACUUCGAGCUCGUGCUGGUCUCAGCGAAUUCAGCCCUGCUGCCCUUCCAGAGAUCAGAAGUGAGCUCGUUGAACGUACACAGCAAAACACGUUCUGCUGCAAAGACAUCGGCCAACCUUGGAAUUACGCAUGGGCCGGCUGCACACACUCAGCAGCAAUCAACCUCUCGGUAUUGAAAGACGUUUAUGUAGAACCUCGCUCAUGUGUUCUCGCUCACUGCUACGGCGAAGCCGAUAUCUGGGUUUGCAACGACAAUGACCACCAAAUUCACCCCGAAGCAGGCUACAUCGCCAAGAUGGCCGUUAGCAUCGAGCUCACCUGCGUUCAGACCAACGAUAGUCAUAAACGCUUCUCGUGCGGUCAGCAGUUUGAUUCUCAGAAUUAUAAUGUUAUCUUGAGGAGGACGGGUGUGCAGAAUACUUGUCCUACCGGGAAGGAUAAGGAUUGUUCGGCUUGGUCUUAUUAG